UUAAACUAACCGUCCGUCCGUUCGAUAAUGCAGCCGCGGACUGUCCACUUGGUUUGGCCUAAGCCUUGAACCAAUGGCACCGUUUGGAACUCACACCCUUUGGGAACUAGUACCCUUUGGACACACGUACCUCUUCGCAACUAAUGACCCUUGGCAACUCGCACCCAUUCAGAUGUUCCAACCGUUCGACCUAACCGUUCGUAUGGACUGUCUGGUCUGUGCAUGUGUCCGGCCUAUUGCCAAAAGACCACGCCUUAACCUACACAAAUCAUGAACCAUUGUGACUGUUCAGGGAAGGUUUGCAACCGUUCAGAACAGAACAGAACCGCCCCUAUCCAAUCGGAUCACCUGAGGCCGGUUUAGGCCAUGCGCGCGCCUAACUCGUCGGUUAUGGACCGCAACCGCAUUACUCAACCAGAACCACGGUUAUAACCAAUCCCAACACAUAAACAAGGCCACGCAAAUGUACAGGAGGAGUAGAAGAAGAAAUAGAUGAAAAGAAUAAGAAGAAUAGGACUCAAUCCAAAUGCCCAUGGCUAGAUCGGUUCGGACUAUCCGAUGGUCUUAGCCGAUGAGUCGGUGGUUACCCCACUGACCUAUCUGACUGAACCACGGGGUUGUAGUCAUUCUCCAGACCUCUCUCUAUGCCUUGGGUAUCCGUAACCCCACGGCCUCCUCUCUCCUAAACCGUUCUCCUUGCCAGAGAUACUUAACCACCACAACCGACCCUUUUCCAUCCGAUCUCUCUCUCUCUCUUUCUAUUUGGCUUCUGCCUUUUGUUUCUCACGAAACUGAAUGCCUAGAAUGGACAGAGAGGGCCUAUAUUUAUAGAGAAUGGGCGGCCAGGACUUGACACACAAACAGGUACAACUUGCUAGGCGAAUGGGCAUGACUUGACCGAAAGGUUGCAACCUUGGCCACUUGCACCCCAGUGCCCAUAACUGCCCUUUAUUGGGUCGGUCCUGAGCCCAAAGAGAAACCCAGGCCUUCUGGACACAGCCCACGGACUUGCCCAAAGACCCAUCAGUCCCUAGCCCACAUGGCCGGCCAACCAGCCAGCCACCGGCCCGGACCCGGUCCAACUGCCCGAGGCCCGAACACUCUGUCGAGCUGAGUUGAGCUGGCUCUCAGCUGACCCAGCUGAGUGAGCUAGUAGUCCAGCUGGUUGAGCUGACUUAAUUUGGAACGAGCUAGGCUGAGCUUGACUGAGCUACGUCUAGCUUGAUCGAGCUUCCCGUAAGCAUCGCCCAGCUUCCGUACAGCUUGUCCUAGCUGACUUCUUUCUCUUAUAAGGUUAAGUCUCAGUAUCCUCACUACAAGAAAAGAGGGUAUAUUCUGACGGCCAUUCCGACCGAAAUUUUUUUGGUCAGAACUUUCCGACCGAUUUCUGACGAAAUAAAAAUUUGGUCAGAUUUUUCUGACGGAAAUGGGUUUGACAGAAAACGGUCAGAAAUUUCCGACCGUUUUCCGAUGAUUACAAUUUUAAAUUUUUGUUGUCGGAUCCCCGUUGGAAAUCGGUCGGAAAUUUCUGACCGCUUUUAGCGGUUGGUAAAUCGUCGGAAAUUUCCAACGGAUUUCUGACCGAAUUUCGAACGUUUUUAUAGCCGUUUUAUACCGUUGAUAAUCGGUCAGAAAUCGGUUAGAAACCCGUCAGAAUUGUUUUUAUAAAUAUCAGUGUCACAACAUUCGUUCAUUCACCGGUUAUACUCUAAAAAUUUUCUUUCUAAAAAAGUUCUUUCUCAAAAAAAUGUCUUCCUCAAAUCAAAAUGAAUAUUUUCGGUCUUGGAUGGAUCGCAAUCAUCAAGAUCCUUCGACUGGACUUCUUACCGAAGAAUUUGCUGAAGGUCUUGGACAAUUCAUGGCAUUUGCCUCCAACCAGGAGAUGACUUUGCAAACAGGUAAGAUGUAUUGUCCUUGUCCUAUUUGUCAGAAUCGUAGAUUUGGUACAGUUAGGGGUGUAUGGAAGCACUUGUAUAGUAGAGGAUUUAUGGCGGGUUAUAAAGUUUGGUAUUCGCAUGGUGAAACUGAUAUGAUGGUCAAUUUUGGUAGCAGUAUUCAACAAAAUAAUUUGAAUGAAAUAGGAGAACAACAAAGUGGGGUAGAUGAACAUAUAGGUAAUGUUCAAAUGAUUGAAGAUAGGUUUAGGGGGGAGGAACCAAACUUUGAAGCACAGAAAUUUUUUGAUAUGUUAGAUGCAGCAAAAAGUCCGUUAUAUGAUGGUUGUAGAGAUGGUAUUUCGCCUCUGUCAUCUGCUACAAGGAUGAUGUCUAUUAAAACAGAUUAUAACUUAAGCGAAGACUGUGUUGAUGCGAUAGCUGAUUUUGUGAAAGAUAUAUUACCGGAAGAUAAUCUUUCACCAGCUACAUAUUAUGAGAUACAAAAGUUGGUUUCUGGGUUGGGUUUGCCCUAUCAAAUGAUAGAUUUUUGCAUCGACAACUGUAUGAUUUACUGGAGAAGGGAUGUUGAUCAUACUAGUUGUCGAUUUUGUGGCAAACCCCGGUUUCAAGAAACCAGAGAAAAGAGUAAAAUCCCGUAUAAGAGAAUGUGGUACUUGCCAAUAACAGACCGACUGAAGAGGUUAUACCAAUCCAAACAUACAGCGGAGGCUAUGAGAUGGCACGGUGAACACGUAAGUAACGGAGAAAUUUCUCAUCCAUCAGAUGCAAAAGCAUGGAAACAUUUUCAGUCAAUGUAUCCUAGCUUUGCAUUUGAGAGAAGAAAUGUUUACCUUGGAUUAAGUAGUGAUGGAUUCAACCCGUUUGGAAGGCGUGGGAGACAAUAUUCUCUUUGGCCCGUUAUCGUAACACCAUAUAAUUUGCCACCAUCUUUGUGUAUGAAACGCGAGUUUCUCUUUCUCACAAUUCUAGUUCCUGGCCCUGAGCAUCCUAAGAGAUCCCUUGAUGUCUUCUUGCAGCCAUUGAUUUAUGAGUUGCAAAUGUUAUGGGAUUAUGGAGUUGAAGUGUAUGAUAUAGCUUCUAGGGAGAAUUUUAUGAUGCGUGCAGUGCUUAUGUGGACCAUAAACGAUUUUCCCGCAUACGGGAUGUUAUCUGGAUGGACAACACAUGGAAGAUUAGCGUGCCCUUACUGUCAAAAUAACACUGAUGCAUUUCAACUGAAGAAUGGAAGGAAAACAUGUUGGUUUGAUUGUCAUCGACGAUAUCUACCCCCUGAUCAUCCCUAUCGUAAAAGCACGACAUUGUUCACUAAGAACAAAAAGGUGUUUGAUGGGCCGCCACCAGAAAUUGAUGGAGAAUCUAUCCUUACUCGGUUAAGAGAUUUUGGUUUGAAGAUGACAGAUGAAUGUGGUGGAAAUGGGCAUAAUCCAGUUUAUGGAUAUGGGGAACAUCACAACUGGCAUAAGAAAAGUAUUUUUUUGGAAGUUGCCGUAUUGGAAGGACCAUCUACUUAGGCAUAAUUUAGAUGUGAUGCACAUUGAAAAGAAUAUCUUUGACAACAUUAUGAAUACCAUUCUCAAUGUGAAAGGGAAGACAAAAGACAACCUGAAGUCUAGAUUAGACUUGCCAGAUAUUUGUGCCCGUAAGUCCCUUCACAUUGAUGGGAGAGGAAAACUGCCAAUGCCAAUUUAUCGGUUAGAUGCAGCUUCCAAGCAAGAGUUCUUCGAGUGGAUUAUUCAUAGCGUCAAAUUUCCAGAUGGAUAUGCAUCUAAUCUAAGGAACUGUGUAGAUAGGCGAGAAGGAAAGUUUUCUGGUUUGAAAAGUCACGAUUGUCAUGUCAUGAUGCAGCGCCUUUUUCCAUUUUGCUUUGCUGGCCUUCUUCCACAAAAUGUACAUGAAGCAAUAGCAGGUAAAUUUAGUUUAUUUAAAAUUUGGUAUCUAUUACAUUUUAUCACUUCAUUUCUGAAAUAAUUUUGGUUUUGUUACAGGAAUGGGAGCUUUCUUUCGAGAUUUGUGCUCGAGAUCAUUAACAUCAGAUGGGAUCCAAAACUUGAAAAAUAAGAUUCCAAUAAUCUUAUGCAAUCUAGAGAUGAUUUUUCCACCAUCUUUUUUUGAUGUUAUGGUGCAUCUUCCAAUCCAUCUCGCUCGAGAAGCAGAACUUGGAGGUCCUGUUCAAUAUCGGUGGAUGUACGUGACUGAGCGUUCUAUGUUUCAUUUGAAAAGGAAAGUGAAAAAUUUAAGCCGAGUUGAGGGAUCUAUUGUUGCACAAAGCAUCAAUGAGGAAACUUCACAGUUCGCUUCUUACUACUUCGCCCCCGAAGUGCAGACUAAAAGUCGAAAACCUUCAAGACAUGAUGAUGGAGGCCAAAGAGCAGUUUAUCCGGUUGAGGUCCCAAGCAUUUUUUCUCAAAUUGGUCGAUUAAGUGGAAGGGGAAAAAGCAGAAGACUCACAGAGCAAGAGCAAUUGCACUUACAUAAGUACAUUUUAGCUAACUGCGAGGAAGUCAUGCCAUAUGAAAGGUAUUUAUAUUUUAGUAUCAUAUAUUAAAGUCAUAUAUUCUAAAUAAAUUUGUAAGUAAAUAUGAUUCCAUUUCCAGGAUUUACAUGGGACAAAUAAGGGAAGCAUAUCCUUAUUACACUCAAGACCAGCUGUCAGAACUUAAGGAAAAUGAGUUCGUAAAUUGGUUCAAAUUCUAUGCAAGUUUUAUGACACUCUUGUAUAUUAUUUUUGAAUAUUGCAAGUUUUGUACAUGCUGCAUGACUUAAUAAAUUUGACUAUUAUACAGGUAAAGUUUCUUGUGUCUAGAGGAGAUCCCAUUCAGCCAUGGCUAGAGGAAAUGGCCGCUGGUCCUAAAUUUGUUGCUGUGUCUUACCCAAUGUAUUGCUCACGAGGAUAUGCUUUUAAGAUUUUCCGCGAGAACAAUACACAAUCAACUAUAAAUCACGGUGUAUCGGCUAGAGCUGGCGAAAUAAUUUACUACGGUAUUUUGCGUGAGAUAUUGGAGAUUUACUAUCCAGGGAUCCUUAAUUUGAGAUGUGUUGCCUUCUUUGCUGAUUGGUACAACCCGAUUGUUGGAUACGGUGUCCGGAUUGACGAAUUUGGAGUUACAUCAGUUCACUCCAGAAGAAGACUUGCAAACUAUGAUCCGUUCAUUCUAGCUUCACAAGCAGAUCAAGUAACUUACCUUCCUUAUCCUCGUGUGAGGAAUAAACAAGACCCUUGGAUCACCGUGACACCUGUUACCCCAAGAGGGAGAGUGGAUGGAGUUUCGGAUACGCCCGCGAUGCAACAAUCCUCAAGUAAUUUGUUAGGUGAUCUUGAUGUUCAUAAUGCUCAUGAAAUCGAUCUUGUUGUCGAUUAUACUGGUGUAGGCGACAAUGAAGUAUUCUCAGAUUUGAAGUCGGACAGAGGAGAAUUCGACGAUGACUUUGAUUCAGCUUCUUCAGAAUAUUCAUCUGAUCCAGAAUAAAUAAUAUAUUUUUUAUAAAUUAAAAUUUUUCUAAUAAAUCUAUGUUCUUUAUAAGAUGUGAAAAUAUAUUUUUAAUAAAUUGUAAUUUUCCUAAUAAGUCUAUGAUCUUUUGAAAAAUAUGUUUUCAGAUUUAAAAAAAAUUUAAACAAGUUUAUGAAAGCAAAAUAUAUUUCAUAUGUUUUUUUAAAAAAAAAUUAAAGAAGGUUUCAAAGCAAAAAAAUUAAACAAGGUUUCAAAGCAAAAAAAAAAAAAUCGAUUUCUCUCUUUUUUUUUUAUUGAUACAUUAAUUUCCGACCGCACAUGGUGGUCAGAAACUUCCGACGGUUAAAAUUUGGUCAGAAACUUCCCACCGUCUUCCAACCGUUGCGUCGGUCGGAAAUCGUUUAUAUAUGUGUAUCAAAGACCGUAACCCUAAUCUGUCUCCUUCCCAUCUGUUUGCUCCGCCGAAACCGCCCAUCUCAACCUCUCGUCUGGGCCGCUCUCACACCCUCCGUUCUCGCCGCUCUCACCCUCCGUUCUGCGCCGCUCUCACCUCCGUUCUGAGCUUUCACCCUCCGUUCUGAGCCGCUCUCACCCUCCGUUCUGCGUCGCACUCACCGUACGGUCUGCGUCGCACUCACCCUACGGUCUGCGCCAAUCUCGCCCCAUCUCUCUCUCUUUUCUCGAAAACCUCAAGCGAAAUUAUGUCGUAUGCGGAUUUUCUCUCUGGUUCAAUUCCAUCUGCUUCCUCUCCUGUUUUGGGUUCUCCUUUUACCCAGAGAACCAGUGUCCCCCAGCAACAGCCAGCAGCGCCCUCACAGAUAAUUGAGGAUAGGUUACUCAACGAGCUGUUGUUGGCACCAGGACGAGAGCUUCUUCCGAAGCUGAGCCGAAAUGGUGAACCAAAUACUAGUUGGUUUAGGAAAAAAAAUCGCAAUGCCAUUUGCAAGUCUAUUUUGAAAUGCUUUCAUAGUCUCCUUGAUUUGCCAUAUCCGACUUAUGCCCACGUGCCAUUAGAAAAGCAGAAGAUGUGGCUCCGUUCAUUUGCUCAAGAUUGGAAUUGGGACCCUGCUAUCACCAGUGAGGUACGGACAGCCUUUAAUUUGCAGGCUAAAACUCAGUACAAGAGCAACAUGACUGAGUGGAAGAAAAAGUGGAAGCUGAAGAAGGAUAAGCCCACAGGUCUAAAUGAAGAUGUGUGGGUUGGGUUGCAAGCUUAUUGGCAACUCGAUGCUACUGCAUCUAUCGCUGAUACCAACUCUCAGAAUAGGCGAAGCCAGCGUGGUGGAAAAGGUUUAGCAAUACAUAAUGGUGGUGCUAAAACAAGAGAGGAACGAGAGAUAGAAAUGACUGCUGAAAACGAUGGUGUGCCACCAGAUUGGUUAGCAUUGAUGAGAGAUAUGCACACCAAUAAACAAACUGGUGAGGUGCAAGAUCCCGUCGCAAGAGAGUUGUUGGAAACUUUGACUAAGCUCAAGGAGGAUAAAGAAGCACAACUUCAGCAGUCUCAAUUGUUUGGCAAUGAUGGUGCAUCUACAGCUUCAAACAUGCUGUCCGGCGAAGAGAUCAACCAAAUCGUUCUUGAGAAUGUCCCUGUUAAGAAAGGUCGCCGCUAUGGUGUUGGUCGUGUUUCGGAGGGGAUCUCAUCCUCAUCUCAAGCCACCUUUUCUUCCCCGUCUCUUGUCCAUGAGAUGGAGCAGCUGAAGACUGAGCUUAUUGAAGAGCGGACAAAACGACAAGCUUUGGAGGACCAGCUUCGUUCUGUCACUGAUUUCAUUUCUCGAGUUUAUCCGGAGGAGUUCUCUGCUUCUCAAAGUCAACCUGACCAGUAAUGUUUUCCCAAAUACUUUCUGUUGUACUGGAUUAUGUUUUCUUCUGUUUUGUAUUGUAUUAUGUUCUAAGACAAUGUAAAACUUAUUUUAAUUAUUAGAAUCAUAUGUUUAAUUA